UUCUCUCCUUCAGCUCUGAACUGAAAAUGGAGUUCCUGGACGAAGAUGCGAAGCCCAGGUUCCUCUUCCACUCUCGCGCCAAUCCAUCUCCGGCGAUGGAGCUCCAAUCAGAUUCUCAGUCCACCAAACUCUUUCUCUCAAUCACCGUCGUAAUCUCUUCCAUUUUUCUCGUUCUCUCAAUCGUAUUCGUCCAAUUCGAACCCUUCAGAUCCCUUUUCAUCUGGCUUUCUCUCUCCCUUCUCGUCGGCCCUUUUGCCCCCAUUUCCCUCACCGGUGGCGACAUUCGUGUCGGUCGAGGUCCGAUCCUCGAAAUCCCCGACGAAGAACUCGAAGUAGAAGACGAUUCGAAGAAGAAACCCGUUCAAAAGCGCUCAAAAGCGCGUAGAUCUAACGAUGAAAUCGCCGUUGCUUCAAUCGUAGUCGCUGAAAAAUCCUCUGCGAAAAUUGAUAACAGGAAUGGAGUAGGUCAUCAGAGUAACAAAAAUGGAGUCGAUUUUGCGAUUGAGGAAGCGGAAUGGGACGAUGCGGAAUUAGGGUUUUUGAAGAAGCAAUUAGCGAAACAUCCUGUGGGGAAACCGAGACGGUGGGAGAUAAUUGCUGAGGCGUUUGGUGGAAGGCAUAAAGUGGAGAAUGUGAUUAAAAUGGCUAAGGAAAUGGGAGAGAAGAAAUUAGGCGAUGAGGAUUCGUAUGCUCAAUUUCUGAAGAAUAGGAAACCAAUGGAUAAGAGAAUUGAGAACGUCAAUGAAGAAGCCCCCACGGCCGCCGUCGCCGGAGGUUGGAGUUCAGGUGAAGACAUUGCAUUGCUUAAUGCUUUGAAGGCAUUUCCAAAGGAUUCAGCGAUGAGAUGGGAGAAAAUCGCAGCUGCAGUUCCGGGGAAGACCAAGGCAGCUUGUAUGAAGAGAGUUGGGGAAUUGAAAAGGGAUUUUCGAAAUUCUAAAGCUGGUAAUGAAAUUUGAGGGAAUAGAUAUGGAGUUUAUCAAAGAUCAAAGAGCGUUUUGAUGCCAAGGAAUACCAUGCUCUUUCUUUUGUUUAGAAUAUUGUUCCAUGAAAACUGCUCAAUUGGUAAGUUUCAAAUAUAAAGAAAUUGAUUAGAGAGGUACAUCCUAAUCCUAAUCUUGUUAUAAUUAAAUAUGAUUAGCUCAAUAAUCAGUUGGUUUUAGGCUUAUUUUGAUUGCUUUCGGCCUAUUUCGCUCAAAAUCACCCACAAUACAAUCCAAACCUUUGUAUUCUCACAGGAUAAUUUAAAUUCAUUUUUGAGUAGCUUAAAACACACUUAUAAAAAUACAUUAAAAUUGUUUAAAACACACUUAUUUUAAAAUAUUUUGGGUAGCUUUCAUGAUUUUUUAAAUUGAAUAUUUAAAAAUGUAAUCUGAAUACACUAUUAUACUCGAGACUUUUUGGUUAGUAAAAAAUUGUCAAGUAAGAAUCUAUAGUUAAUUUUAUGGAUAUACAUUAAUAAAUUAAAUUUCUUAAUAAUUAAUAUUAAAUAAGAUAAAAUCUUUUAAAAUUAUUUUAAUUAUAAAAUAAUAUGAACUUUUAAUAAGGUUAAAAUAGUAAGAAAAGAAACAAUUCUAUAUAUAUUUUUUUUAACUCUCCUGAUCAUGAAUACCACCAGUUAACGCUCUUUUAUGAACAAAAAUAGGCAUCUAUUGCAUUCACUUAGAGUAUUUUUUAGCACAAAAUACUAAUAAUUUCUCUCUAAAUGGGUAAAUCACAAAAACCAUCCCUAAAGUAGGACUAUAGUCUAUAGUGAUAAUUACACCUUCAAUCUCUCAAAAAUAAUAAACUCCUAAUUCCUAAACUUCUAAACGAAUGAGAUUGCCAUAACUGAACUACAAGAAUAUUAUGUAAUCUAUACAAUUAUUUAAGGGGAAGUAGGGAAUAAGUUUGAGGGGUUGAAAUGGAAUGUUCCGGAUUAAAGACAUCAGCGUCACACGUCAGAAGAAACGCACCGUUCCGACGUUACGUUACGUCCAAAGCUUUUUAUCCACUUUCAAUCAAACUCCUAUUUCAUUUCCAAAACCCUAAACCAUUCUUCACUCCAUCUCCCGCGAAUUCUCCCCGAUGGGUCUCCUUUCAUGGUGGAAAGGCCAAUCUCCGCCAUCCGAUUCCACUUCCAAGCCGCCGCAGCCUCCUUCCAAGAAUCUCUCUCAGCCUGCCGAAGUCCCCGGCCUGAAUGGCGCCCUCGAAGUCCCCCGACCAGCUGCCUCCGUCACCGUCUUUGAGUUCGGCUCUGUCACCGCUUCCUCCGAUAAGGUCACUCUCGCCGGUUACUGCCCUGUCUCAGACGACUUCGAGCCCUGCCGCUGGGAGAUUAUGCCGGCAAGCGGCUCCGAUGCGCCUCUUUUUCGCAUCGUCUUCUGAGGAUGCUUGAGAAUGUAAGUUAAAUUCAAAGUUUAUAAACGAUUAUUCUAGCAGAGAGAGCUUUGUGAAUUACGACUUCGUUGAGGAGACUUUGGAUUUUUCCUUUCGCAUAUAAUUGACUUUUCUUUUUUAGUUGUCUUAUGAAAUUGUUCCAUUUUCUGCUGUCCACAA